UUCCCGGCUCCUCCUCUGUGCGGCUUCUCGGUCCACCGACCGAUUUGUCCCAAACUUUAAAGCCUUCCUGAAGCUUCUCCAUUUUAUGCGGCAGGCGAACGAAAGUAGAAACCGAUGGCGGAGAUGAGCGCGAUAUGAAGUAUGAAAUAUGGUACUGAUGACCGAGCAGGCGGACAGACCUCUGACCCCGUUAUUCUCACCAGAACAACUUCUCUGCAAGGACUCCCGAGGGAAUCGCUCGACGUUGGAGGUGGACAAUGGAGGCGAGGAGAGACAUCGGAAGCGUGGAAGGUCAUCCGCAGACCUCCAGCUCUGUCUGGAGCCAGUGUCCGACCACUCCGAGAGCAGGAAGAAACCAGCCGGCAUAAGACUGAAACCUGUGGAGCAGCUUUCACCAAUGUUUAGUCCAAGUGACUUAGAAAGAAAGCUUGAAAGGAAGAAAUCGCAGCCCACCCAGUUAUCAAAAACAAAUACCCAGUUUCAUAAGUUGUUCAAGGAAGUCGGCAAAGAUGAACACCUCAAGCAAAGUUACACUUGUGCCCUGCAGAGAGAUAUUUUGUAUCAGGGCAAAUUAUUUGUCUCUGAUAACUGGAUCUGCUUCCACUCCAAGGUCUUUGGCAAAGAUACCAAGAUUUCCAUCCCAGUGACGUCUGUGAAAUUAAUCAAAAAAACAAAAACAGCGUUAUUAGUGCCAAACGCCCUUGUGAUCGAAACUCCAAAUGAACAGCAUGUGUUUGUGUCGUUCCUCUCUCGAAACACCACCUACAAGCUUCUGAAAUCCAUCUGCCUUCAUUUAGAGGUGGAUAAGCCCUGCAGCAGCCCCGUGACUUCUUCCUGUGAAAACAGCUUCAGAAUCAAAUGCCCGUCGUCACUUCCUUUGGACUUUUCGGGAGACUUCUCUGACCUCGAUGGCGUCGUGCAGAAGAGACGGCAGGAAAUGAUGGAGAGCAGCAGCUCCGGAUCACAGACUCCAGAUUAUGACAAGAUAGCUAACUUCAGCGGCCUCCCAAACACGUUUCUAAGCACAGUGAAGAGCGGAGAAGUUUCAGUCCACGCGGAUAUUCACCUCCAGACUCCGAGCCAAAAGCACGGACCCACCCUCAAGAGCGAUCCAACCAAACCAACAUGGGAAGCCACUCCAAAAGACAAGUCCUCACAGCCCAUGUCGUUACAAGCCAUCCUCCUCAUCUAUCUGUUUUUAGUUGGCGUUCUUGUCUUGUCCUCCUGUUACAUGGCCUUCAAGAUUGUGGCUCUUGAGCAGCGUUUGAACUCUCUGGUUUCAAUGGGAGAACAUAUGUACAGUGAAAGUGCUGGGAGCCAAAGGUCACAGGAUAAAGUGAAUGCUGAGAUCUAUGGGGAGCUGGCUACCAACCUGUUCAAGCUAGAGAAGAUUCAAAAAAACCUCCGGAAGCUCCUUGAGGAGACUUAAAAAAAAGACGUACAGAAGACUGCGUGCUGUGCAGAAGAGAUCACGCUUGAGCUGCGCAGAUCAGCCGUGAUCAGAUUUGGACAUAACUCUGUUGCCAAAGCAUGGGUGGCUCAAACACAAAGAAUUCUCUAAACUGUGUGAACUGAAAUUGUGCAAUAAUGGCUUCUUUCCCUUUUGCGCUCAGGACUAUUUUAUCACUUUUUUUUUUUAAACAAAAAGCUGUGCUGAAGCAGUGUGUUAGUUUGCCAGUGGUAGUGUUGUAUGUUGUAUUUAUUUCAUAUUGCAUUUCACAAUAGUAAGAUUGGCAUUAAGUUGUCAGGGCCAAAGUUCCUAUUUCAAGGUCAAGGUAAGGUUUUGUCAGCAGUUAAAGGUUUCCUAUGGUGUGAUGUCUACAGAUAGAAAUUUAUAGCGCGUGUGCUGCUUUGCCACACUGCUAGACUUUGUUUAGUGAAAUCGUGUUGAAUCACAAGACAGUAAGAGCAAAUCAGAUAAGUUUAAAAUGUAUUUUUUUUAUUACAUAUGUGGGAUUUUUACUAAGUAUUUUCUUACAAACCAACUGCUGUUUCAUUCAUGUGUAAUUGAAUAGUUUCUCAAAAUUUGCAGUAAUCCUGCGUACUGCACCUCGCACCCACUCUUACUUCACUUUCAUUUUCUGUUUGUGUAUUAGAAUUCCAGGCAAUCAUUUCAGAAGCAGGAGAAAAGUGUGUGUGUGUGUGUUUUUUUAUCUGUAGUUGUGUCUCUUUAGAUCACAGCCAGUGCCUUUGUGAUUGCAUCACAGCUGUAAAAUAAAUGGCUCUCAUACA